UGGCUGCGCGCCGCUCGGCGGAGGCGGAGGCGGGGGCCGGAGCCGGGGGCGGCGGGGACCGGGGGGAGGUGGGACGCUGACCCCGCCUCCUGCUGCUGCUGCUGCUGCUGCUGCUGCUGCUGCCGCCGGUGGGCGCCGGGCGGCGGCGGCUACAGAGCCCGGAACAUGGCGGCGGCGGCGCGCAGCUUCGGGCCGGAGCGGGAGGCCGAGCCGGCCAAGGAGGCGCGCGUCGUGGGCUCCGAGCUCGUGGACACGUACACGGUUUACAUCAUCCAGGUCACUGACGGCAGUCAUGAGUGGACAGUCAAGCAUCGCUACAGCGACUUCCACGACCUGCAUGAAAAGCUCAUUGCAGAGAAGAAUAUUGACAGAAACCUGCUUCCACCCAAAAAGAUAAUCGGGAAAAACUCAAAAAGCUUGGUGGAAAAAAGGGAGAAGGAUCUGGAAGUCUAUCUGCAAACACUUCUAGCCACCUUCCCUGGCGUGGCCCCCAGGAUACUGGCCCACUUCCUGCAUUUUCAGUUCUACGAGAUAAAUGGCAUCACUGCAGCACUGGCUGAGGAGCUCUUUGAAAAAGGAGAGCAGCUCCUGGGGGCUGGCGAGGUGUUUGCCAUCGGACCGCUGCAGCUCUACGCCGUGACUGAGCAGCUGCAGCAGGGAAAGCCCACCUGUGCCAGCGGGGAUGCCAAGACUGACCUGGGGCACAUCCUGGACUUCACCUGUCGCCUUAAGUACCUAAAGGUGUCUGGCACAGAAGGACCUUUCGGGACCAGCAACAUUCAGGAGCAGCUGCUGCCUUUCGACCUGUCCAUAUUUAAGACUCUUCACCAGGUGGAGAUAAGUCACUGUGAUGCCAAGCACAUCCGGGGACUGGUGGCGUCCAAGCCCACCUUGGCCACAAUCAGCGUCCGCUUCUCAGCAACCUCUAUGAAGGAAGUGCUCGUUCCCGAAGCCUCAGAAUUUGACGAGUGGGAGCCGGAAGGCACAGCCUUGGAAGGCCCUGUGACCGCCGUCAUCCCCACGUGGCGAGCCCUGACCACUCUGGACCUGAGCCACAACAGCAUCUCUGAGAUCGACGAGUCUGUGAAACUGAUUCCGAAGAUUGAGUUCCUGGACCUGAGUCACAAUGGCGUGCUGCUCGUGGACAACCUGCAGCACCUGUACAACCUUGUCCACCUGGACCUGUCCUACAAUAAGCUGUCCUCCCUGGAGGGCGUUCACACCAAGCUGGGGAACAUCAAGACGCUGAACCUGGCAGGCAACCUGCUGGAGAGUCUGAGUGGCUUGCACAAGCUCUAUUCCCUGGUCAACCUGGACCUUAGCAACAACAGAAUCGAGCAGAUGGAGGAGGUUGGGAGCAUAGGGAGCCUCCCGUGUCUGGAGCAUGUGGCCCUGCUCAACAACCCCCUGAGCAUCAUCCCCGACUACCGGACCAAGGUGCUGGCUCAGUUUGGGGAGCGGGCCUCUGAGGUCUGUCUGGACAACACGGCCACCACAGAGAAGGAGCUGGACACGGUGGAGGUGCUGAAAGCGAUUCAGAAAGCCAAAGAGGUCAAGUGUAAACUGAGCAACCCUGAGAAGAAGGUCAGCGAGGACUCCCGGCUCUCGGCCGCUUCCUGCGUCAGACCCAGCAACUCGCCUCCUACCGUGGCUCCCACUUCAGCCUCCCUGCCCCAGCCCAUCCUCUCCAACCAAGGAAUCAUGUUCGUGCAAGAGGAGGCCCUGGCCAGUAGCCUGUCAUCAACCGACAGUCUGAGUCCUGAGGACCGGCCCAUUGCCAGAGAAUGCUCCGAGUCCUUGGAGUCCAUCCCUGCAGAACAGGCGUCCGUCGGUGACUUACAGGACAUGCCAGGAGCUGUUGGCGGUGCCAGCCCGGAACACGCGGAGCCGGAGGUUCAGGUGGUGCCCGGGUCUGGCCAGAUCAUCUUCCUGCCCUUCACCUGCAUCGGCUACACGGCCACCAACCAGGACUUCAUCCAGCGCCUGAGCACGCUCAUCCGACAGGCCAUCGAGCGGCAGCUGCCCGCCUGGAUCGAAGCCGCCAGCCAGCGAGAGCGGGAGCAGGGCGAGGAGGAGGAGGAGGAAGAUGAGGAGGAGGAGGACGCCGCUGAGAACCGCUACUUUGAAAUGGGACCCCCAGACAUGGAGCGCGAAGGGGGGGGAGGACGAGGCCGGGCCGAGGGCGAGGACGAGGAGGAGGAGGAGGAGGAGGAGGAGGGCGAGGAGGAGCGCCUGGCUCUGGAGUGGGCCCUGGGUGCGGACGAGGACUUCCUGCUGGAGCACAUCCGCAUCCUCAAGGUGCUCUGGUGCUUCCUGAUCCACGUGCAGGGCAGCAUCCGCCAGUUCGCCGCCUGCCUCGUGCUCACAGACUUCGGCGUCGCCGUCUUCGAGAUCCCGCACCAGGAGUCCCGUGGGAGCAGCCAGCACAUCCUGUCGUCCCUGCGCUUCGUCUUCUGCUUCCCGCACGGCGACCUCACGGAGUUCGGCUUCCUCAUGCCAGAGCUGUGCCUGGUGCUCAAGGUGCGGCACGGCGAGAACACGCUCUUCAUCAUCUCGGAUGCUGCCAACCUGCACGAGUUCCACGCCGACCUGCGCUCCUGCUUCGCCCCCCAGCACGUGGCCAUGCUGUGCAGCCCCGUGCUGUAUGGCAGCCACACCACCCUGCAGGAGUUCCUGCGCCAGCUGCUCACCUUCUACAAGGUGCCAGGGGGCAGCCAGGAGCGCGGCCAGGGCUGCUUCCCCGUCUACCUGGUCUACAGCGACAAGCGCAUGGUGCGGACGGCCACCGGGGACUACUCGGGCAACAUCGAGUGGGCCAGCUGCACGCUCUGCUCGGCCGUGCGCCGCUCCUGCUGCGCGCCCUCCGAGGCCGUCAAGUCCGCCGCCAUCCCCUACUGGCUGCUGCUCACGCCCCAGCACCUCAACGUCAUCAAGGCCGACUUCAACCCCAUGCCCAGCCGCGGCACUCACGACUGCCGCAACCGCAACAGCUUCAAGCUCAGCCGUGUGCCGCUCUCCGCCGUGCUGCUGGACCCCACGCGCAGCUGCACCCAGCCUCGGGGCGCCUUCGCCGACGGCCAUGUGCUCGAGCUGCUGGUGGGCUACCGCUUCGUCACCGCCAUCUUCGUAUUGCCCCACGAGAAGUUCCACUUCCUGCGCGUCUACAACCAGCUGCGGGCCUCCCUGCGGGACCUCAAGACCGUGGUCAUCACCAAGACCCCCGCGGCCGGGGGCGGCUCCCGGGGCCCCGUUGUGGAUGGCCAACCCACCCAGGGCGGGGCCAGUGACCAGCCACCCCAGCAGGCUGCCAUGGAGGCCUCGGAAGAGGCUCCAGUGGAGGCCUCAGCGGAGGUUCCAACAGAGGCUCCAGCAGAUGCUCCAGCAGAGGCCCCAGUGGAGGCUGCAGCAGAGGCCACAACAGAGGCUCCAGUGGAGGCCCCAGCAGAGGCCUCAGAGGCGGCUGCAGGAGAGGCCCCAGCGGAGGCUGCCGCCCCAGCCCCAGCCCCAGCAGAGGUCUCAAGCCCGGCAGAAACUCCAGCUCCAGCAGAGGCCUCUGUGCCAGCUUUGGGCCCAGAGGAGACCCCAGCAGAGGCCCCAGUCCCAGAGUCGCCAGCCCAAGCUGAGGCCCCUGCCCAAUACCCAAGUGAGCACCUGAUCCAGUCCACCUCCGAGGAGAACCAGAUCCCCUCGCACCUGCCCGCCUGCCCGUCGCUCCGGCACGUCGCCAGCCUCCGGGGCCGCAGCAUCAUCGAAUUCUUCCACAGCAGCAUCGCGGAGGUGGAGAACGAGGAGCUGAGGCACCUCAUGUGGUCCUCAGUUGUGUUCUACCAGACCCCGGGGCUGGAGGUGACUGCCUGCGUGCUGCUGUCCACCAAGGCCGUGUACCUCGUGCUUCACGAUGGCCUCCGCCGCUACUUCUCAGAGCCGCUGCAGGAUUUCUGGCAUCAGAAAAAUACAGACUACAACAACAGUCCCUUCCACAUCUCCCAGUGCUUUGUUCUGAAACUCAGCGACCUACAGACGGUCAACGUUGGACUUUUUGACCAGUAUUUCCGGCUAACGGGCUCCUCCCCAGUGCAGGUGGUCACCUGCCUCACCCGGGACAGCUACCUGACACACUGCUUCCUGCAGCACCUCAUGACAGUGCUCUCCUCUCUGGAGCGCACGCCGUCACCCGAGCCUGUGGACAAGGACUUCUACUCUGAGUUUGGGAGCAAGAGCACAGGGAAGAUGGAGAACUACGAGCUGAUCCACUCGAGCCGAGUCAGGUUCACCUACCCGAGCGAGGAGGAGAUCGGAGACCUGACGUUCACUGUGGCCCAGAAUAUGGUGGCCCCGGCGGAGGUGCCCGCCCUCAGCAUCCUGCUGUACCUGCAGGCCUUCCAGGUGGGCGCGCCGCCCCCCGGGCACUCGCGAGGCACGCUGCGCCCCAAGACGCUCCUGCUCACCAGCGCUGACAUCUUCCUCCUGGAUGAGGACUUCGUUCACUACCCACUGCCCGAGUUUGCCAAAGAGCCGCCACAGAGAGACCAGUACAAGCUGGACGACGGCCGCCGAGUCCGGGACCUGGACCGGGUGCUCAUGGGCUACCAGACCUACCCGCAGGCCCUCACCCUGGUGUUUGACGAUGUGCAGGGCCAUGACCUCAUGGGCAGCGUCACUCUGGACCACUUUGGGGAGGUGCCAGGUGACCCGGCCGAGCCGGUCAGGGCCGAGAGGUCCAGUGGCAGGUCUUUGUCCCCAGCGCCGAGGGCCGGGAGAAGCUCAUCUCGCUCCUGGCGCGCCAGUGGGAGGCUCUGUGUGGCCGCGAGCUGCCUGUGGAGCUCACGGGCUAGUCACCCGCCCCUGCCGUGCUCGGCCCCAUGCCGCUCAGGCGGGGAGAUGGGCUUUCUGUGUCCUUUUUACAGUGUUCUCAUCUCCCCUCUGGCACCUCCGCUCGUGUCCUCCCAGAGAAGGGGGAUGUGUCUGUGUCCAGUUGUUUCUUGUGCCGGGGUGAAAGCACAGCCUCGGGCUGCUCUCCUGCCGCCCGGUGUCCACGGGUCCGGUCUCCAGCAGUGUGUGUCUUCUGUGCGAGCUGCUGCUGACACGUGGCUCUGUGGGUCUGAUGAACUCUCCUUACACUUUUUCCCCAAAUGUCAAGUUCAGUCUUGUUGCUGUGGCUGCUAACCAAGCUGGUCUCGAAAUGCACAUUGGAAGUUUCCAGUCUGCAGCUUUCCAAAGUUAGAGGCCUCUCCCAGUCCCGACACGGGAGAGCCCCGCGGGGUGUUGAGUCCCCCGGGCCUUGGAGCUGAGAUAGAGGGGCCAGGGGACCUAGAGCGCCAGAGCCCCUGCCAUUUCCUGUUGCCUCUUUUCUCUAUUCCAAUAAAAAAAAAAAAUUGACAGUGCGA